AUGGCCCAGCAGCCUUUGUCCACGUCGGCAGUCCCCACCGACAUUUACGGUGGAGAUGAGGUAUCUGCCCUCGUUCUCGACCCCGGCUACUGCAACACUCGCGCAGGCUUCGCCGGCGAAGAUGUGCCCAAAUCCGUCCUGCCCUCGUUCUACGGUCACGUCACUGGCGAACCUCAACGCGACCUCUUUGGUGACGAAUACAUCAUCCCCCGCGCCGAUUUUGAGAUCCGCAACUACAUGAACCGAGACAGCGUCGUAGAAGACUGGGAUGUUGCGCCUAAGAUCUGGGAGAACAUGCUCAUCAAGCGCUUGCAACCGGAGCACCAAACGCUGCCCUCGAAAAACGGAUUGAACGACGACGUCAAGGAGCAGGAUGGCGAGGGAGAUAUAGCCAUGGAUGAAGCUGAAAACCAAGAAAAGCCUCUUCAGGAGAAUCCCAUUUUGAUGACAGAGGCACCAUGGAACACGCCUAAGUCGCGGGAAAAGGCCAUCGAGAUCAUUAUGGAGAACUGGGGGUGCCCUGCCUUCUGGCUGAGCCGCACCCCGGUGCUGUCUGCCUUCGCGGCUGGCAAGGCUACUGCCCUGGUCAUCGAUGUGGGUGGUGCCAACACCUCCGUCACCGCGAUUCACGAUGGCAUGGUUCUGAAGCGAUCCAUCCAGCGUUCUCCAGCGGGUGGCCUUUGGCUGUCAUCUCAGAUUCGCAACAUGUGGGAAACAUCUGAGCCCAAGGUCCAACUGACACCGACAUACAUGGUCGAGAACAAGUCCCCCGUCGAUGCCUUAGCACCUGCCCAAGCUCGAUUACGGGAAUUUCCCUUUCAGAUUACUGAUUCUUUCCGCGCCUACGAAGAAGAACGGGUCCUUACCGAGUUCAAGGAGUCUGUUGUUGAGGUCUGGCGCGGGCCAGGCCGAUACAGCGCCCCAAAUAACGAGGACUACAUCAAGACACAGCCAGGUCGUGUCUUCGAAAUGCCCGACGGCUACAAUCAAAUGUGGCGCGAGCAGCGCUUCAAGGUCACCGAAGGCCUUUGGGAUGAGAAUGCCGGAUACCCUGUUCCGGAGGCAGAACGGCUCACCAAGGCCCAAACGAUCCCCGAACUCAUCCGCGCCUCCCUGGGUGCUGUGGAUGUCGACCUGCGCGGCAAUCUACUCGCCAACGUUGUCGUCACCGGCAGCACCAGCUUAAUCAACGGCUUCAACGAUCGCCUGAGCAACGAACUAACAGCCAUGUACCCCGGACUGAAGGUGAAGAUCCACGCCGCCGGUCUUUCGAGCGAGCGACGAUUCGGUGCCUGGAUUGGCGGCAGUAUUUUGGCCAGUUUGGGAACUUUCCACCAAAUGUGGAUCUCGAGAAAGGAGUAUGAGGAGAACGGUGCUGGUGUCGUUGAGAAACGGUGCAAGUAG